CAACCGCAGCCGACAAGUCCCAAAAUUGCCCCUUGUUCCCUUGGCGUUUCUCGGGAUCGGGACGUUAAUGCCAAGGAAGGCGGAGGCGAGGAACCAAGGAACCGGGGAGAAGGGGUCAAGAACUUAAAAUCCCCGUUUCGAUUUGAAAAACAAAAG